AUGGCUGAUGCCGAUCUGGUCGCUUCUCUGGCCGAAACGGUCAGUGCGUUGGGUUUGGAGAAAAUCCCUGAUAAACUUCAUUGCAACGCCUGCCAUAAAUUCAACCUCAAUGCAUAUAAGACAACGUGUUGUGAUACUGUGAUUUGUGAACCAUGCUUCACUUCCCGUUGCGACAUCAGCUGCCCAAUAUGCGAUCACAAGCCCUUCAACAGCGACGUAUGCAAGCCCAACAAAGCCAUGCGCACGACGGUCAAGUCCUACCUCAAAACUAUAGAGAAGGCCAAAUCUGAGGCAAAGAUUGCACCUCCACCAGCAGCAGACAAUGCGACCGAGCCUGAGCAAACAAAUGUUAUCUCAAAUGAGCAGGAGGAUGUGAACGGAUCCACACUCUCAGUGAAAGAGUCAAAAACCAUGAAGGAGGACGAGCGUGAGACAACUCCCGCGCUUGACGUUCAGCCUUCCAUAGAAGAUCCGGAUCAAGACGCGUACGAACCAGACGAUGACCAUGUUGAAAUCCAAGUCGAGGCUGAGGAGGACCCAGAUGACAUUCCAUCACAGAACAAGAUUGUCAUAGAAGACCCCAAUGAGGAUCAAUACGACACUGAGGUCGAAAGGCACAACAAUAACAAAUCUAGCUUCUCCAAUGGCCAAGAUCAAGCUGCCACCAAUGGUAUGGACGGAAACGAUUUCGCAAAUAUGAUGAAUGGUUUCAACAACAUGGACUAUAACCAGAUGAUGCAGAUGAUGGCGGCGAAUGGCAUGGCCAACUUCAAUCCAAUGAUGGGAUUACCCAUGGGAAUGAACACGAUGUCAUCAGGCAUGUUUGGUGGUUUUGGCGGCCCCAAUAGUGGCAUGAAUGGAAUGAAUAGCAUGGAUAUGUCAAUGAACUUUAAUCCCAACCAAGGGAUGUAUUCUGGCUGGAAUAAUGGCCAAAACAACAAUAUGUGGCAGAAUAAUAAUGCAAAUGCAUUCUCGAAUGGUAUGGGUGGUGACUUCGGUUCCAACUAUGCUUUCAAUAUGGCCCAGUCUGGGAAUUUCCAGCAGCAAUACCCCAAUGGUGAUUUCCAAAAUGGCUACUCCGGCCGUGGUUACGGCCGUGGUCGUGGCCGUGGUCGUGGUGGUUAUGGCAGAGGUCGUGGUAAUUUCAACCAGUACUCGCAAUUUCCGCAGCAGCAGCAGCAGCACCAAUAUUCCAACGGACCUAAUCAAUACGAAAAUCAAGGAAUGCGCUCUCAAAACACAAAUGAUUACAAAAACGACACCUCUGCUAACGAGACGACGGAUACAAACAAUACCAGCAACGCCCACGAGGAUGACGAAUUUGCACCUGGAGGCCAGGACGAAAUCCAAGAAGCCUUGGGCGAAGAUUAUCAAAAGUCCACUACUAACAAUGAUCGGAAGGCCCUUGAUCCCAUUCCCAGCACAACUGAUGAUACUCACCCAGAGACAGGCUCCGCAAACGGAACUGGUGCAAAGGAAGAUCUUGAUGGCGAUAAUUCUAUGCAAGAUAGCACUGCCCCAAUCCCAAUACCAUCGAUAGCUACAGAUGGCCCCAUCUCUAGUUCUGACCAACAGAGGCCCAUCCCUGCAGCAUAUGAGGAAGACUUGCAAGGUCCUAUGCCACCACCCUCCGCGCCGUUAGGCCCUGCAGCUCAGUAUGACUAUGGGUACCGCGCUCGCGGACAUGGUAGAUUUGCUCAACGUGGUCGUGGUCUGCUGUCUAUGCAGAAUGGGCAUUCUACCUCGGCAGUGAAGUCUAGCCAACAAAUAUCUCAACCAACACCUGGGGUUGUAGGUGCUCCCACGGGUCCCAGAGCUAUGCGUGAGCCGCCUGUACCUGCAAGGCCAGCUUCUCGACCAACCAGCGUGGGUAAUGGCUUUCAGAUCAUGGGUCGAGCUUCUAUGGAUUCUCCCAAGAGACCAGAAUCCCGCGGCUUUGAAACAACUAUAACUGUCAAGCCAUCAGCUCCAAGUGAGCAUGAUGACUAUAGGGAAAGAGAUGAUUCGGAGAAGAAUUCACGACACGAAAACUAUUCAGGCUCCAAAUAUGGUCAGGAUGAGCACGAUAGUGAUGAUCGAAGCAAAGACAAGGACAGACGGUAUCGGCGAUCGUCUAAACGAUCAACAUACGAUGAUUAUGACCGAGACGAACGACAGACCUCAGUUGGGGCCUCGGACUCGGCGGAUAGGAAAUCAUCAAGAAGAAGUCGUGCUGAUAAGGAGCCGCCGUCAACAUCAAAACACCAAAGCUCUCGAUCCAAAGCGUAUCAUGAAGAAGGCGCUAAUGGCGAUCAUGAAAUGGAAGAUUACGAGGGAUCUAGCCGAUCAUAUAGGGAUGGUCCUGAUGGUGGUGACAGCAGAAGUAGACAUCGCAGCAGCCGGACAUCAAAAUAUGACGACCGGAACCGAGAUCGAGAUCGAGAUCGAGAACAUGAUCGUGAGAAAGACAGGCUAAGAGAUCGUGACCGUGAUCGCGAAAGAGACAAAGACCGAGAGAGAGACAGGGAUGACCGACAUCGGGAGAAGGAGCGCGACCGCAAACGAUCCCGACAUGAUCGACAUCGAGAAGACGACAAGGACUAUGACAAGGACUACGACUACCAGAAUGAUGGCGACGACCACGACUCCCGUCACCGCUCAAGACGGCACAAACGCGACCAUCAUCAUCGACACGAGAAUGACGAUUAUCCUAGCACAGGGGCAACGAGCACGAAUCGCUCACAUCGAUCCAGCGCUGCAGGAACACCAGCACCGAUUGCCUCUGCUGUCAGCAACUCCACGGAUAAGGAUCCACAUACGCUGGAACGAGAGGCAAGGAAUCGAGAGCGCAUGGUCAAGGAGCAACAGCGGAGGGAGAAAGCUGCGGCCAAAACUGGUCCCGGUGGUGGUAGUGGCGGCGGCGGCGGUACUGGAGAACAUCACUCCUCUCGAGGAAGUCGACGGGUCACAUACAAAUACGAAGACGACAUCGAGCGCAGUCUCGCCGAGAACGAGCGGUCAAGCGCUAGAUGGAGGUGA